AUGGCAAUUUACUUUGUGGAUGUUGUCGACGACUGGUGCGCGUUGAGGGAGAAAGACACCCACAAUCCCUGGACCGUGUUCGACACCAUCAACCUCCAAUCAAUGUCAAGCACCAUACCCCUUCGAACUUUUGAAGAUCAUCAGGGGAUCGUAAAGGCAGUCGCAGUGUUCCCUGACAAGCGACGAAUAGUCACAGCCUCGAACGACAAGACACUUCGUCUGUGGGACUUGAAGACAGGUGUUGUGUUGAAGAAGAUGGAAGGACAUAGCGGUGGAGUGUGGGCAUUGGCGGUAUCACGAGAUGGUCAAAUGAUAGCAAGCGGUGAUACAGAGGGAGAGCUCAUUGUCUGGCACGGAGAAACAGGUGAAUCCAUCACUCAACCCAUUAAAGCGCACUCCAAGUGGAUCACCUCGCUGCAUUUUUCUCCUGAUGCAGGCAAUAAAGACGAUCCUACCAUACGGGAGUGGGAUCCAUUAAAUUGGGAGCAAGUCGGUCAUCCCUGGGAAGGCCAUACUCGCAGUAUCUACGCCAUUGCCAUUAAUCCCGCUGGCACUCUCGUCGCUUCUGCAUCUGAUGACAACCAUCUCCGUCUCUGGCGGCUCUCAGAUCAGCGAACCAUCGCAAUCUUCAAGCACCCAUCCAGCCUGACAUGUAUCACAUUUUCUAUGGAUGGCAAGCACAUCCUCAGCGGAGGUCAUGAUAAAAAGAUCUCAGAGUAUGAAAUCUUGGAUAUUGCGACAGCCCGCAAUGCAUGCAUCAUUGGGGACCUGCACACCGCUGAAGAGUUACUCAACCAAGAGAUCGAUACCGAUGCCAACCCUUAUACUUCUUACGCCAAUCGCUCAUUCAUCAUGGCCCGAAAUCACGACUGGGACCAUGCUCUUCAGGAUGCAAUUGAAUCCGUCAGUAUUCAGCCUUCAUUGACAGGCUACAUCGCCAAAGGAAUCGCCCUCUGCGGAAAAGGCUGCGUCCGGGAGGCAAGGAUAGCAUUCGACGUUGCAUCCGUGUUCCCAAACCAAGAUUCAAAAGCCAAUCAUUUUCUCCUCUUGAUCAAGGCCAUUGCACUCUUCAACGCAGAUCAACGCGAGGAAGCAAUGCUGCUCGUUGAAGAAUUCACUGCCGCUUGUCCGAAUACCGAUCCCCUCGGGUGUCAUGUCGUAGAAACAUAUCUACGCGUUCAGCUCGGAAUCACAGCCUUGAAUGGUGCGCGUUAUGACGAAGCUGCUGACCACUUCACUACCGCUAUCAACUCCAGCGCUUUCUCAUCGAAAGCCAUUCAUGAAAUAUUCGAGGACUUGACCGUGCUCUUCGGCUGGGACGUCAAGUCCUUGCGUCUCACUGCAAACCAGAAACGGUGCCAGGCUUUCCUUUCGGGAGGUGAACCCAAUGAAGCCCUCGAAGCACACAAAUACAUGAUGGACACCAUCGACGAAUCUGCCAAAGCCAGCUGCCUUGAUUGGUCCAAUGGCAAUGCACUCGCUGCACAUGAUGACCGUAUUCUUGGCGCGGAGAUACCCGAGCAUGGUCAUGAUGGCUACGAUAUAGGACCCAAUUUCUUCUAUGGAAUGCAUCAAGUGUGUGCAACAGCGGGUCUUUCUUCUUUUCACAUCAUUCAUUACAGCAUUCUCAGAUUUCCAGCUCCUCUACCUGUACCACCCACCACCACCACUACUACCACCACCACCACCACCACCACCACCACCUUCAAAACUUACUUACGGCACCUAUUCACCUGGCUGCCCCAUCAUGCAAUGCCGCCUGUUGUCGAUGUUCCUUUUGCGCAGGGUCGACAGCGUAAUGCUGCAGCGGGUGCUCCUGAGAGUGAGCACUCUUUGAUACGUGAUGAAGACUAUCAUGAACCUCCUACACCGGACCCCAAUUCACGGCAGCAAAAGCAAACGGUAGCAGUUCAGGCAGACACCGGGCAACACGGAGGCGACCGGUCGUAUUGCUGUUGCUAG